AACUGAACUGCCUCCACCACCUGGCCUCCUUGAAGGACAACGCCUGGGUGGCUGCUGGAAGCAAUCGCUGUCCUCGAUCUUCGCCAUUACUUGCUGGACAUCGUCGGGCCUCGACGACAAGACCAAGACGACUUGUCGCCUUGAAGACCUCUGCUCACGUACUAGACCCCCUCCGGUGGAGGGAGCCUAGGAAGUCCCGCAACUCAGGAGAGCACCAAAGGAGGUUCUUGAAUAGCAACUUGGCCGGCGGCUUCAACCUGGGCGGAAAGGACCGUGCCGCAACGUACGACGCCAUCGUUUACUAAUUAUACAUACCCACGCCUCGAACGUUGCACCCCGAGCAGGGACGUGAUCGAAGAUGGCCGGGGCAGUGCGCGAGUCGAGCUUCAUGCCAACUGUGAAAUGUUCCGACUGUGGCUUGCAGAUCGAGAUCUCGUUGAUGGGUGAACAUAUCUGUUCUGGUAAACCUUCAACGCAGCCAACGCCGCCAAUGCCCAUUCCCUCGUUGUUCGAGAGGUUCAUGCCAUUUGGCGGCCCCGCGGCGAACAACAAGCAAUCUCGGACGCCCCCUCAAGUGGACACAUCCGCGGCUAACCGCGCUUUCAUGGGGCAAGGCGAACUAACCCCGGUUAGCAUGUCGAGUGGAUCCCGAAGUGUAUCGCCAAAGACUCCCAAUGGACGGCUGGGCGCCGGAAGGGCAGACGAGGACUUCGCUCCACGGAUAGCCGAUGAUUCGCCGCUUCCGCAGCAGUCCAGAAGGCCUGGGGGAUAUGGAGGACUUGGAGACGGCGACGGGUAUGAGGACUCAUUGUAUCCGACAAACGUGGCAAAAAAGCAAGCCUCCAGCCUGAUGGACCGCGCGAACACCAUCGCUCCUGGACCUUUCGACUCGGGCCGCCGGCCUCCUUUGUCUGGACGGACGGCCUCGGCUGGUGACAUCUGGAGUGAGCGCCAAGGCCCCUCGCCAAAUCUGAGCAGCAGCGUCGGGAGCUUGGGGAGUUCUAAGACGCCCAAGGCGCCCAGGAAGAAUGGGUAUGGCGGUUUUGGUCCUCCUCAAAGGGAGGAACUGACGCCGGAGCCACUAGGCCUACCAUCCCGCUCCGCGACCUUCCCUCGCUCAGGCGACACUUUGGAUCCUCCGAUGCGUACACCCUCUGCUCCGGGACCACGGCCUGACAGACUGCGUGUUCCCUCAGACGAUUCCCAAGACAUGGAUGGAAGGUUUCUGAUGACUAGCGAGAGGUCAAGAAGACCGAGUAGGGGCCCAGAUACGUCCCGCCCGCCCCCUCCACGAAGCGCUGGUAUUGUCCGAUCCAGUACCCCUGGGGCCCUAGCUAUCAAUCUUGCCGAGGAAUUUGGAUCGGGAAACCCAUACCACGCACCCUCCGACUCGUCUUCGUCGAGCGCAUCAGGCUUUAGCCAACCAGAGCGUCGUCCAAGCGAGGCAAGCUCACGGUCCAGUCCGCCAAGGUCGGCAAGUUCAAAGUGGGGGAGAAAUCCUUCUGAUACGUCGGGGCUCGACAAUAUCAUGUCGGAUCUCCAGUCUUCCAUGGUAGAACCAGACAUUAGAGUGCAAGUAGUAUCUCCGCCCACGCGGUCGGCCAGUGACACGAGAGGGAGACCGCCGCCGUUGACUAUCCGCCCGCCAGGUGGCCGAGGCUAUGACCGACGCUAUGAUCCGCGAAUUGACCCGCGCAAUCGCCAAGGAGUAUCGCCUAUUGACUCGCCAGUCGUCGACACCCCAUCCACCGCCGAUCCUCCUUCUGCUGUCGAUGCUCCUAUGCUGAUUGUUGGAGAUGACUUUUCGCCACUGCCAACCGCUCCCCCGCGGCUGACGAGAUCACCUGAGCCAAUGCAAGAUAGGUCGCGUUUUGCCCCCCAGGGACCCUUACGAUCACGCUCGCGAGAUCCGAGCCAGCCCUCGCGCGGCGCUUGCGAAAGCUGUAAAGAGCCUAUCGUUGGCAAGUCGAUAUCAAGUGCUGACGGCCGUCUGACUGGGAGAUAUCACAAGGCAUGCUUUGUCUGCACGGAUUGCCGGCAGUCAUUUCCAUCUUCAACAUUUUACGUUAUCGAAAACAAACCAUACUGCGAGAGGGACUACCACGAGCGGAACGACAGUCUCUGCACAACGUGUGACAAAGGGAUUGAAGGUCAAUAUCUCGAGGACGAGUCUGCCAAAAAGCACCACGUCGGCUGCUUCAGAUGCCGCGAAUGUGGCAUGGCUCUGAAUAAUGCGUAUUUUGAGGUCGACAAGAAGGCAUACUGCGAAAAAGAUGCCAUGAAGCUUGUGCAGCCACCGACGCUCACAAAUAUAGCGCCACCGCCUCGAAACGGACAAGGCCCUCCUAGGCCCAUGCUUGGACUUCCCGGUGGUCCUCGCGCCGGAAUCGGCCUUCCCGGUCGAAGCCCCCUGGGCCCAAGGCCUCGAAUGGAGAAGCGUAUGACGAGGCUGGGAAUGAUGUAGUCGGCGUGUUCUCAACCGAUGCGAGCAGCAAAACCUCGGGCUGCGACCUCUCAUUUUUUUUAUUUUAUUUUUCCCCUAGACCACGUUUUACGGUCAUUAA